ACACAAAAAGCUAUUAGCUGGCCACCAAAAUACAUUCCAUGCUCCGCAGGACGUCCUGUCACACGCUGAAAGCAACAAGUCUCACAUUGCGUAGCCGACAUGUUGACCAAGGCCCAAGCCAGCGCUCCAUUUCAUUUCGCUCUCGAGUGUUAAGCAUCGCGGCUGCAGCUCACAGUCUUAGCGGAUCCAUUUUUCAUUUUUCAUCAUCUCUCAAAAUGUGCCUGGGUCUGGCCGUGCUCCUGAUUUGCCUGCUCUCUGGCAAUGCAUCUUUGGAGAGGGAGAGGGAAAACAACGAAGUGAAUAACUUGUCAAAUCACAAACUCAGCGGAGUUAUACAAUGGAAGUACGAGAAGCGACCAUUUUGCAAUGCAUUCACAGGUUGUGGCCGCAAGCGUACCUCUUAUCCCUCUUAUCCGCCCUUUUCGCUAAUUAAACGCAAUGAGAUUGACGAUAAGCCCUAUAACAAUGAAUAUUUGUCGGAGGGACUGAGUGAUUUGAUCGAUAUCAAUGCCGAACCAGCCGUUGAGAAUGUGCAAAAGCAAAUAAUGUCCCAGGCAAAGAUCUUUGAGGCCAUCAAGGAGGCCAGCAAGGAGAUUUUCAGACAGAAGACCAAUCAGAAAAUGCGCGAGAAUGGACAACGGCUACGAAUGCAGGAGGAGCGCGAGAAUAUGUAAAUGACAACGAACUGAGGCCGACCCCCGGACAAAUCAUUCUUCGAUAGUUAUCACAACGAUUUUGUUAUUGUUUAUAACACAUAU